AUGGAGGAUAUGCACACCAAUAAGCAGACCGGUGAGGUGCAAGAUCCUGUUGCUAGAGAGUUGUUGGACACUUUGAAGAAGAUGAAAGCAGAUAAAGAAGCACAACUCCAACAGUCUCAGAUGUGUGUAGUUGAAGGAUCUACAGCUUCAAACGUGAUGUCCCGCGAAGAGAUUAACCAGAUGGUUCUUGAGAAUGUCCCAGUUAAGAAAGGUCGUCGCUAUGGUUUAGGCCGUGUUUCAGAGGGGAUCUCCUCUAGUAGCCAAGCAACCUUUUCUUCCUCGGGAAUUAUGAAUGUGAUGGAACAGCUCAAGACGGAUCUCGAUGAAGAGCGGACAAAGCGACGGGCUUUGGAGGCAGAACUUCGGGCCGUCAGUGAUUUCAUCUCUCGGGUUUAUCCGGAAGAUUUCUCAGCUUCACAAGCCUUCUCAGCUUCACAGCCCGAGUAA